AUGGCGGCAUUAAACAAUGUGGACCUAGAUGAACUUAUUGCAAGGUUAGUAGCAGUAAGAGGCUCGCGACCAGGGAAAUUAGUUGAAAUCCGAGAGUCUGAAAUCGAAUAUCUCUGCCACACAGCGCGGGAUAUCUUCAUUUCCCAACCGAUACUUCUAGACCUCGAGGCACCUAUCAAGGUCUGCGGGGACAUUCACGGACAGUACUACGACCUCCUCCGUCUAUUCGAAUACGGAGGCUUUCCACCCGAAUCCAACUAUUUAUUUCUCGGUGACUACGUGGACCGCGGCAGACAAUCCAUAGAAUGUAUGUGCCUCCUGCUAGCCUACAAGAUUAAGUAUCCGGAGAACUUCUUCAUUCUACGCGGGAAUCAUGAAUGCGCAUCCAUCAAUCGCAUCUACGGUUUCUACGAUGAAUGUAAACGAAGAUGUAAUGUCAAGCUCUGGAAAACAUUUAUCGAUUGCUUCAAUUGUCUACCUAUUGUUGCUAUCAUAGAUGAUAAGAUAUUCUGCACGCAUGGUGGGCUUAGCCCGGACUUGACUUCCAUGGACCAAAUUCGGCGCAUCAUGCGGCCUACAGAUAUCCCUGAUACGGGGUUACUAUGCGACCUCCUCUGGGCCGAUCCGAACAGGAAUAUUAUAGGCUGGGGUGAAAACGAUCGUGGUGUUUCGUUCACUUUUGGCCCCGAUGUGGUUCGACGGUUCACCCAGAAGCAUGACCUUGACAUGAUAUGCCGCGCACAUGAAUGUGUUCAGGAUGGAUAUGAGUUCUUCGCUAAGCGGCAAUUGGUUACAAUUUUCAGUGCACCCAAUUAUUGUGGCGAAUUUGAUAAUUCUGGCGCUAUGCUAAGCAUCGAUGAGGACCUUCUCUGCUCGUUCCAGGUUUUGAAGCCGGCUGAGAAACGGAAGCCAAUUUUUGGAAGGCGAUCAGACAAAGAAAAAGCGCGUUAG